AUGGGGGCACACACUGCUCUGAGGCUGGAUUUCUCCUUGUCCGAUGUUGCGGCGCUGAGCAUGGCAUCAGCUCUUUUUUCUACUAUAACUACAGCACGGCGUCAAGCACCCGAGGACGUCAAGCACACGAGGACGUCAAGCACCCGAGGACGACAAGCACCCGAGGACGACAAGCACCCGAGGACGUCAAGCACUCGAGGACGUCAAGCACACGAGGACGUCAAGCACACGAGGACGUCAAGCACCCGAGGACGACAAGCACCCGAGGACGUCAAGCACCCGAGGACGUCAAGCACCCGAGGACGUCCAAGCACCCGAGGACGUCAAGCACACGAGGACGUCAAGCACACGAGGACGUCAAGCACCCGAGGACGUCAAGCACCCGAGGACGACAAGCACCCGAGGACGUCAAGCACCCGAGGACGUCAAGCACACGAGGACGUCAAGCACACGAGGACGUCAAGCACACGAGGACGUCAAGCACACGAGGACGUCAAGUACCCGGGAACGUCAAGCACCCGAGAACGUCAAGCACCCGAGGACGUCAAGCACCCGAGGACGUCAAGCACCCGAGGACGUCAAGCACCCGAGGACGUCAAGCACCCGAGGACGUCAAGCACCCGAGGACGUCAAGCACCCGAGGACGUCAAGCACUCGAGGACGUCAAGCACCCGAGGACGUCAAGCACCCGAGGACGUCAAUCACCCGAGGACGUCAAGCACCCGAGGACGUCCAAGCACCCGAGGACGUCAAGCACACGAGGACGUCAAGCACCCGAGGACGUCAAGCACACGAGGACGUCAAGCACACGAGGACGUCAAGCACACGAGGACGUCAAGCACCCGAGGACGUCAAGCACCCGAGGACGUCAAGCUCCCGAGGACGUCAAGCACACGAGGACGUCAAGCACCCGAGGACGUCAAGCACACGAGGACGUCAAGCACCCGAAGACGUCAAGCACACGAUGACGUCAAGCACCCGGGGACGUCAAGCACCCGAGGAUGUCAAGCACCCGAGGACGUCAAGCACCCGGGAACGUCAAGCACCCGAGGACGUCAAGCACACGAGGACGUCAAGCACACGGGGACGUCAAGCACCCGAGGACGUCAAGCACACGAGGACGUCAAGCACCCUAGGACGUCAAGCACACGGGGACGUCAAGCACCCGAGCACGUCAAGCACACGAGGACGUCAAGCACACGAGGACGACAAGGACACGAGGACGACAAGCACACGAGGACGACAAGCACACGUGGACGACAAGCACACGAGGACGACAAGCACACGUGGACGACAAGCACACGAGGACGACAAGCACACGAGGACGACAAGCACACGAGGACGACAAGCACCCGAGGACGUCAAGCACACGAGGACGUCAAGCACACGAUGACGACAAGCACACGAGAACGACAAGCACACGAGGACGACAAGCACACGAGGACGACAAGCACACGAGGACGACAAGCACACGUGGACGACAAGCACACGAGGACGACAAGCACGCGAGGACAAGCACACGAGGACGACAAGCACACGAGGACGACAAGCACACGAGGACGACAAGCACACGAGGACGACAAGCACACGAGGACGACAAGCACACGUGGACGUCAAGCACACGAGGACGUCAAGCACCCGAGGACGUCAAGCACCCGAGGACGUCAAGCACCCUAG